GCAAAUGGGUUUGAAAUGGAAAGACCUUCGCUUAAGGAAGGACUCUUCCGAAAACCCGAUUGAGUUGGAAAGCCUGAACACUCGAUCACAGUGGCAUUUACUGAGAAGAGAGAAUUACUAGUUGGCAACAAGAAGUGCACACUAUUAUAUAUAAGUCAUUAAUAUUAAGAUAUUUUUUUUCCGUGACCGCUUACGCGUUCAUUCACCAAAAUCACCACCUCCGUCAUAAGUCACCCUCCUUAAUCCGGCAUUCACUCUCUUCCACUUGCCAUUUUUGGCUCCACCACAAGCACUUUUGAUCACCUCCCAUUUCAGCUAUUGGUGGUCAUAAACCAAACGUUAGACCAGGGUUGUAUUAAAGUUUUCAUCUUUUGGGCAUCUGGGGUACUUCUGGUUCUUUCUAUUUAUACAAUUUUCUGAUCCGGAAAUUGCUGAUUUUGCCUCUGAUCUGGUGGGUGCUUCUUUGUUUUUGUGACGCUGAAUGUUUUUGGGGCCUUUUUGUGAAAGUGCUUUGCUUUGCUUUUCUGUUACAUAAAGGCAUAAGGGAAACCAUUUUCAUAUAAGAUUCCUCAUUUUUGCAUUAGAGGAUAUAGAAUCUCUGGAAAGCAGUGUGCUUUUUGUAACCAUGGAUUCUUGCUGUGCGACCAUGAGGGCCAAUGCCCACCCGAUUAAAGUCGGAAAAGGGGGUCUUAGGAACCAAGGUUGUGGGUUCUGGGGUGAGAGUGUCAGGGUGGGUCUCAAGAGCAGAGAUUUGAGUGCUCAGUUGUUGAAAAGCUCUAAAUUUGAAAGCAGAGCUAGAAAGCUUAAGCCUGGCGUGGCUCACUCUAUUCUUACAGAUAUCAACCAAGACAGUGUGACAUUUCAGUCACCACUUUUUGAGACUCCAAAAGCAGACCCCAAAAAUGUGGCUUCUAUCAUUUUGGGUGGAGGUGCUGGAACUCGCCUGUUUCCUCUCACCAGCCAAAGGGCCAAGCCAGCGGUUCCAAUUGGAGGGUGUUACAGGCUGAUUGAUAUCCCGAUGAGCAAUUGCAUUAACAGUGGCAUAAAAAAGAUAUUCAUCUUAACACAAUUUAACUCUUUUUCCCUCAAUCGUCACCUUGCGCGUACUUAUAAUUUUGGAGAUGGUAUGAAUUUCGGAGAUGGAUUUGUGGAGGUUUUGGCUGCAACUCAAACGCCAGGAGAAGCUGGGAAGAAAUGGUUUCAAGGAACAGCUGAUGCUGUGAGGCAAUUUAUAUGGGUCUUUGAGGAUGCAAAGAACAAAAAUGUUGAGCAUAUACUGAUCUUAUCCGGUGAUCAUCUUUACCGGAUGGACUAUCUGGAUUUUGUGCAGAAGCAUAUUGAUACAAAUGCCGACAUCACAGUUUCAUGCAUUCCCAUGGAUGAAAGCCGGGCAUCAGAUUACGGACUCAUGAAAAUUGACCAAUCAGGACGUAUAAUCCAAUUUGCUGAGAAACCAAAAGGCCCUGACCUAGAAGCAAUGCAAGUUGACACCAGUAUUCUAGGGCUUUCUGAGCUGGAGGCUAUGAAAUCUCCUUAUAUUGCAUCAAUGGGUGUUUAUGUGUUUAGAACUGAUGUCCUACUAAAGUUAUUAAGAUGGAGCUACCCUUCUUGUAAUGAUUUCGGCUCUGAGAUUAUUCCAUCAGCUGUGAGGGAACACAAUGUCCAGGCAUAUCUAUUCAAUGACUACUGGGAGGAUAUUGGAACUGUGAAGUCUUUUUUUGAUGCAAACUUGGCCCUCACAGAACAGCCUCCAAAGUUUGAAUUCAAUGAUCCAAAGACACCUUUCUACACAUCUCCUAGAUUCUUGCCACCUACAAAAGUUGAAAAAUGCAGGAUUAUAGACGCAAUAGUUUCCCAUGGUUGCUUCUUGCGAGAAUGUAGUGUUCAACACUCUAUUGUGGGUGUGCGCUCACGUUUAGAGUCUGGUGUAGAACUUAAGGAUACUAUGAUGAUGGGUGCAGACUACUACCAAACUGAAUCUGAGAUUGCAUCUCUUGUAGCUCUAGGAAAGGUUCCAGUUGGUGUUGGAUCAAAUACCAAAAUCUGGAAUUGCAUAAUCGACAAGAAUGCGAAGAUAGGAAGAAACGUAAUGAUCACAAAUACUGAUGGAGUUGAAGAAGCAGACAGGGCAGAGGAAGGAUUUUACAUUCGGUCUGGAAUCACAGUCGUACUGAAGAAUGCAACUAUUAAAGAUGGAACUGUCAUUUGAAUUCAUCAAUUUUACAAAGGGGUACUUGUUCAGAUUGAGCCACGGUGACAGUACCUUGAUGAAGCUCGCUCGUGGCUUUAACUUGAUGUAGCCGGAACACUUAUUUAUGUAAAUUAACAACUUGCUUUGAUGUAUGUAACUAAACCUGCUUGUUAUUUAAUAAUAUCAAUAAAGUUGUAUCUUUCAUCUAUA